ACGACCUCCGUUUGACCUCUUCGCCCCCCCAGAAUGGAUCCUGUGUACGAGGACCCCAGCUUCACCUACGAGAACCAGUCGUCGGGUGUGUAUGAAUUGACCUCCGAGCCGCUGUACAGCGAGCCCUCCGACCUGACGGCGGGGUACGAGAACACUGGACGGGCCAAAGGUCAGACGCCGACUCCCCCUCCUCUCCCACCGCCUCGCCCCUCAUCAGAGGAGAGGAGAAGCAGUUCCUCGUCUUCCUCGUCCUCAUCCUCAUCCUCCUCCUCCUCGCCUUCCUCCCGCGCCGAAGAUGAGGAGAAAGGGGAGUCGGAGGACUUGAACGGGUCGGACGAGAAAGAGGAGACGGUGCAGGUGGUGGAGAGCAGCGUCGAGCUGAACUGGGCGAGGGAGUCUCCGCAUGCCGACGGCGGGAGCUCGUCGCGCAGAUCCUCGUCUUCUUCUUCGUCAUCGUCAUCGGCCUCCGAGAAGGAGGAACCCGAGAAGAAGCCAGAACCUCCGAAAGAGGGACCUCAUGUCCAACUUUACGUCAAGGCCGGGAUAGAUGGGGAGAGCAUCGGAAACUGUCCCUUCUCUCAGCGCCUCUUUAUGAUCCUCUGGCUGAAAGGCGUGGUCUUCAAUGUGACCACCGUCGACCUCAAGAGGAAACCGGCUAACCUCUGCGACAUCGCCCCGGGGACACACCCGCCCUUCCUCACCUUCCAAGGGGAGGUUCGCACUGACGUCAACAAAUGCGAGGAGUAUCUGGAAGAGAUGCUGGCUCCGCCAAGGUAUCCCAAACUUGCGGCAAAGAAUCGUGAAUCCAACACGGCGGGAAACGACAUAUUUGCCAAGUUCUCGGCGUACGUUAAAAACAAAAUGCCGGAUCAGAAUCGAGCUUUAGAGAAGAGUCUGGACAAGUCCCUGGCGAAGCUGGAUGAGUAUCUGCUGAGUCCUCUCCCGGACGAGGUUACGGUGGGGCACCGCGGAGGCGAGGGCGAAUCCAAACGCAAAUACCUGGAUGGAGACGAGCUGACGCUGGCUGACUGCAACCUUCUGCCCAAACUCCACGUUGUCAAGGUGGUUUCCAAGAAAUACCGGAACUACGACAUCCCGUCCGAAUUCAGAGGGUUGUGGCGUUACCUCGGCAACGCCUACAACCGAGACGAGUUCACCAACACGUGCACGGCCGAUGUGGAAAUCGAGCUGGCGUACAAGGACGUGGCUAAGAGGCUGGGGAAGUGAAGGCGUCACGAGCACACAGUCACUGUCGUAACUUUCUCUCCUUUUAGAGAAUCUGCUGAAUCACACACAGAAGCAAAUGCAGUCUCUACAAAGGACGAGUCAUUUUGAUGAGAUGUGGGAGAAUGUAGCACGGUGGUGCAGAGUCUUUUUUAAGUUGCUAAUUAUGAGCCAAUGAAAAGGGCUGGAAAGGUUUCUGGAAUGGUUUGUUUAUGAUGUUUCUAUUACAUGUUCAAAUUGAAAGGGACCCCAAAACUAAAAGAGACUUUUUUUAAAGUUUUUUUUUUUGCCGCUUAGAGCCCAAUGAGCCGAGUGCCAUAUAGUCCCAUUAUAGUGUAGAGAAGGCGGACAUCUCGGCAACUCACAACAAAACAAUCUCACCUGAUAUACCAGGUAAGAGAAGAAAAAAAACAUAUUCUUGAAUUUGGGGUAAACCUUUAAGGGGGGAAAUAAAAUGUAGUUGUAGCCAGUUUUCUCCGGUGCUCUACUGAAGUUUCUGCUCACAGUUAAUCUUCUAAAUAAACCCGAAUGUAUAUGUUGUAAAUUUACAUAUGUAAUAGGAAUAAUGGAAUGCAUAAAUCAAUGUUUGAUUAUUUGACCUGUCCUACACCGUUAACAAUGUGUUUCAGCCAAGGUCAUUUGCCUUUUAUUGGGGCAGCGUUAGAUAAUAGUGCCUCCCUUAAAGGGCCAAUAAUCGAAUGAUUGAUUUUUACGGUGCCGCACCACACUGAAUAUAUAAUACUGAUCGUGAAAUGAUCACGUGUUUCAGAUUCAAAACUGUCCUUUAAAUGUGAUAUAUAUCCGCCUAAUGUGAAAAAAAGCACACGCACACACCAAGUUAACCCCAGCUAGUUGUGUUGUCAUGUUAGUGUUAAUCAUAAAUCAAGCACUCCUUUGCCUUCAGCUCUUUAUGUCUGUACAGUUAAUUUUAUGCGUGAAUAAUAUAUUACGAAUGUGAUGUCAUCAGAGCUGCAGCUCAACUAUAUGCUCAUUCUUUCUGAUGAUUAGAACCAUGAACCCACUGUGUAUAAGUCGCUAAUUUUAAUAAUAAAUCUAUUUUCUCAGAGACUGA